UUAUGUGGCAAGGUUUAUGAGUUUAUUCAACUGGUUACAAAAAGAAGUCAAUCACUUGAUUGGGGACAAUUAUCAAAUGUAGACAAUUGAAUAUAUCAGUCGAGUCUAAUAGAGUAAAAUAGGAUUCAUUGUUGAAUUCGCUUUAGUUGGGAAGGAUUUGAAGGCUUGUGAAAAAUGUUUUUCACUUCCCACUCGAGUUAUUUAGCUAGUAGAUAUUUGACACUUUCUUGUUUAAACGUUGCUUUUAAAAGGGGUUUUGCCAUUGAGGCAACUUGCAAGGAAGUCCCAGACACUUCCAAAAGAGAGUUUCCUGCUCCAAGCCAUUUUUCCCCACAAGCACAGAUCUUGAGGCAAAUACGCAGAAAGAAAGAGUUUUGGUCGAAUACAGAUAACGUUAUUGAAAGGACCCCUGAAGACAAAGAGCUGGUAAAGAAAAGAAGUGAAAUGGUCGUGAAGAUGCUGGGUUGUGAAAUAGACGAAAGAGAUAAUUUCGAAGUAAAAGAUCGCGUAACUGUUGGUGAAUUAUUGGCUUCCUUAGGACACAAGAUACCUGGUUAUUCGAGACCCAAUAUGGGUCCUUGUUUCUUCGUAAGGACUGCGGGUUAUGAAUGGAGCUCAGGUGUGGAUGAAGGAGUUAAAAUGGUGAAAGAAGGCGACGCCAGAGAGUUGGUUGGUUUGAAGAAUUCAGGACCACUCAAUUUUGUGGAAAUAGAGUUUAAAGAAGAAACCAAAGAUACUCGUGAAGAAAGGGAACAACAAGUGUCGAAGAAAGUUUCCUAAAGGAUUUGCGUCGUUCAUCAAAAAAUAAAGUGUUCUGCUUCAUGCUGCAUUU